AUGUCGUCCACCGGCGGUAUUUCCACCCCGGUUCAGUUUGCGGCCAUAGCGAGUUCCACAGUCCCCGGAGAUCAUCCAAUAGACUGGGGAAGUCAAGCACAAGGUGGUCGAGACCUGGCAACACAACUCAUUCUCAGUGCGACGCUGGGGUUGAGUGCAUUUUUCUCCUUUUGCAUUCUUCGGCCAAAAUGGACAGAGCUUUACGCUGCGCGAAGAAAAAGACGAAAUGCUGCGUCCUUUCUGCCCGAGCUGCCGGAUAGCUUUUUUGGUUGGAUGCCGGUAAUAUAUAGGAUAACAGAUGAGGAAGUACUAGAAUCUGCUGGAUUGGAUGCAUAUGUUUUGCUUUCGUUCUUCAAGUUUGCUAUAAAAUUCCUCUCAGCUACCUUCGCAUUUGCUACGCUCAUUAUAAUGCCGCUACAUCUGCGAUAUGCCGGUCAAUGGGGCGUUCCGGGUUGGGACCAUGACGACGACGACAAUGACGAUGACGGCCAAUCUCUGUUCGCGAGGGACAUAUUGUUUGGACACGGAAACAAAAAGUUCAAAUCUGAUCCGACUUAUCUAUGGAUAUACGUGAUAUUCCCCUAUGUGUUUACAGGUAUCGCUAUAUAUCUGCUUAUCCACGAAACCAACAAGAUUAUUCGCGUACGUCAGAAUUACCUGGGAAGUCAGACAUCGACAACAGAUCGCACAUUCCGUCUAUCCGGUAUCCCAACCGAACUGCGCUCAGAGGAGAAGAUUCAGGAAAUUAUUGAAGAUUUGCACAUUGGAAAGGUGGAAGCGGUUACGUUGUGUCGUCAGUGGCACGAUUUGGAUUUGUUGAUGGAAGAGCGGAAGAAGAUUCUGAAGCCACUGGAACGAGCAUGGACGAAAUAUCUUGGCUACAAGCAAAAGAGGAGAUACAACGAUACAUUGCCACUAGUCCGAGCUUCGCGUGAUCGUUCACCCAGUCUCGAAUCCGAAACAGCUACGGAGCACUCGCAACUUCUAGGAAGUGAAGACGGACGUGUUCCUGUAAGAACCGUCCACAAGAGGCGGCCGACUACUCGAUUAUGGUACGGUCCGUUCAAGCUACGUUACAAAAAUGUUGACUCGAUUGAUUACUACGAAGAAAAGCUUCGUCGUAUCGAUGAAAGAAUCCUAGCCGCUCGUCAGAAGGAGUAUCCAGCCACGGAUCUUGCAUUUGUUACGAUGGAGACAAUUUCCGCAUGCCAGUUGGUCGUUCAGACCAUAAUUGACCCUCACCCUACUCAAUUAGUACCAAGUCUCGCGCCCGCUCCUGCGGAUGUGGUAUGGAAGAAUACGUAUAUUCCGCGUUCGAGUCGUAUUUCUCGGUCUUGGCUCAUUACACUUGUUAUCAGUUUCUUGACCAUUUUCUGGUCUGUACUACUAGUUCCUAUUGCAUCAUUGUUGGAUUUGAACACUCUUCACAAGGCUAUUCCUGGCCUCGCCGAUUUGCUUGCGCGACAUCCGAUUAUCAAGUCUCUUGUGCAAUCCAGUUUGCCGACUAUUACACUCUCUUUGUUGACAGUGGCGGUACCUUAUUUAUACAGCUGGCUUUCGAGCCUCCAAGGCAUGACUUCUAGAGGCGACCUGGAAUUGUCCAUCAUCUCGAAAAACUUCUUUUUCACCUUCUUCAACCUCUUCUUUCUAUUCACCGUUCUCGGAUCAGCAUCAAAUUUCUACGGUUUUCUCCAAAACGUGCAAAACGCAUUCAAAGAUGCAACGACUAUCGCAUUCGCUCUGGCAACAUCUUUGGAGAACUUGUCUCGUUUUUAUAUUAACCUCAUCAUCCUUCAAGGUCUUGGACUGUUUCCUUUCCGGUUGUUGGAAUUCGGAAGCGUUGCCAUGUAUCCUAUCAACGUGCUAUACGCGAAAUCGCCUCGCGAAUACGCGGAGUUGUCGGCGCCGCCUAAGUUCAGCUACGGAUUCACCAUCCCUCAGACGAUAUUCAUCUUUAUCAUCUGCGUCGUCUAUAGUGUCUUCCCCAGCUCCUGGCUUGUGUGUUUCUGUGGGUUGAUAUACUUCUUCUUGGGACAUUUCAUAUAUAAAUACCAACUACUCUACGCAAUGGACCAUCAACAGCACUCGACAGGCCGCGCAUGGCCCAUGAUCUGCAGCCGGGUGUUUUUGGGUCUAGUAGUUUUCCAAGUCGCCAUGAUCGGAGUCCUUGCUCUUCGCAAACUGAUCGCUAGAUCCCUGUUACUCGUCCCUCUCCUAGGAGCAACCGUAUGGUUCACAUAUUUCUUCGCAAAAACCUACGAACCCCUAAUGAAAUUCAUUGCCCUCCGCAGCAUCGACCACGAUCGACCAAAUCGCAGCAACGGCAAUAACUCAGAUGACUCCCUGAGUCCACCGCCUCUGCUUUCACCAUUGUCUGGCCUGGAUCGAGACGCUCUUCCGAUUCUUAUUGGUGGUCGCGAGAUUGGGUUGAGGUUGAGGAAAUAUGUCAAUCCGAAUCUUACGAUUCCUCUUGAUGGGGCUUGGAUUCCGAGAAGUGAUGGGUCGAUUGUUAUUCGUCCUAGUGCGGUUGAGGAGGAGCAUAUUGCUGGUGAGGCGUGAUCUACAUAUGUAUAUACAUAAUUUGAUCCCUUGUAGUUGAUGUGUACAUAUCUCUCAUUUUGUUGUGUGGCUAUUGUGUUUUUUCUUUCUUUUACUACUCGAGAUA